GCGCUGUUCGCCGCCGGCUCCGAGGCGUACGCGCGCGGGGACUGGCCCGCCGUGAUCCUGCACAUGGAGCGGGCGCUGCGGGCCCGCGGGGCGCUGCGCUCCCAGCUCGUGCGCUGCCGCCUGCGCUGCGCCAACAGCACCGCCUGGCCCGCGGGGGAGCCGGGCCCGCCGCCCGCCCUGCGCGACCUCCUCUUCUUCCGGCAGCUGCUGCGCCGCGCAGCCUGCCUGCGGGCCUGCGCCCCCAGCGCCCCGUCCCGCUACCUGCUCAGCGAGGAGCUGGAGCUCGAGUUCCGCAAGCGCAGCCCCUACAACUACCUGCAGGUGGCCUACUUCAAGAUCCACAAGAUCGAUAAGGCUGUGGCUGCUGCUCAUACCUUCUUUGUGGGGAACCCCGACCACGUGGAGAUGAGGCAGAACCUGGAGUAUUACCAGUUGAUGGCAGGAGUCAAAGAGUCAGACUUCACAGACCUGGAGGCCAAGCCCCACAUGCACGAGUUCCGCCUGGGUGUGAAGUUCUACACAGAGGAGCAGCCACAACCAGCCAUUCUGCAUCUGGAGAAGGCCCUGGAGGAAUAUUUUGUAGCUGACACUGAAUGUCGAGCUCUCUGCGAGGGGCCCUACGAUUACGAAGGUUACAACUACCUGGAAUAUAAUGCUGACCUGGUCCAGGCCAUUACAGAUCAUUACAUGCAGGUGCUAAGCUGUAAGCAGAGCUGUGUUACAGAACUAGCCUCCCAGCCGGGCCGGGACAAGCCCAUUGAGGAUUUCCUUCCAUCCCACUUCAACUACCUGCAGUUUGCCUAUUACAACAGUGAGAAUUAUGAGAAAGCCAUUGAAUGCGCCAAGACCUACUUGCUUUUCUUCCCUAACGAUGAAGUGAUGAAUCAGAACUUGGCCUACUACACGGCUGUCCUUGGGGAAAGGCUGGCUGCACCUAUCGAUCCCCGAGAAAACAUCCGGGUGUAUCGCCAGCGCAGUCUGCUGGAGAAGGAGCUGCUCUUUUUCAGCUACGAUGCCUUUGGGAUCCCAUUUGUGGACCCGGACACGUGGACCCCAGAGGAGGUGAUCCCAAAGAGGCUACGUGAGAAGCAGAAGGUGGAACGCGAGACGGCAGCUCGAAUCUCCGAGGAGAUCGGCAACCUGAUGAAAGAGAUAGAAACGCUGGUGGAGGAGAAAACCAAAGAGUCUGUGGACAUGAGCAAGUUCGUGCGGGAAGGUGGGCCCCUGCUGUACGAUGGGCUCAGCGUCACUAUGAACUCCAGGCUGUUGAAUGGCUCUCAGCGAGUGGUGGUGGACGGAGUCAUCUCGGAGGAGGAGUGUGUGGAACUGCAGAAACUCACCAACCUGGGGCAGGAGGGCAAGGUGUCCAUGCACAGCGCCCGGCUCUACUACAAUGUGACAGAGAAGGUGCGGCGUGUGAUAGAAUCCUACUUCCGCCUGGACACCCCGCUCUAUUUUUCCUACUCUCACCUGGUGUGCCGCACGGCCAUCGAAGAUAAACAAGCAGACCGGACAGACUCCAGCCACGCCGUGCACGUGGAUAACUGCAUCCUCAACGCAGAGGCCAUGGUGUGUGUCAAGGAGCCACCGGCAUACACAUUCCGGGACUACAGUGCCAUCCUGUAUCUCAACGGGGACUUCGAAGGAGGAGCCUUCUACUUCACCGAACUGGACGCCUCCACUGUGACAGCAGAGGUGCAGCCGCAGUGCGGGCGUGCGGUCGGCUUCUCCUCUGGCUUAGAGAACCCUCAUGGGGUGAAGGCCGUGACCAAGGGCCAGCGGUGCGCCAUCGCCCUGUGGUUCACUCUGGACCCGCGACACAGCGAACGAGAACGCGUGCAGGCCGAUGACCUGGUGAAGAUGCUCUUCAACACAGAGGAGGUGGAUUUGUCUCAGGUGAAGGGGCCGGAAGCAGAGCUGCCAGCCACGACAGACGCUCCCGGGCAGAGUGUAGGGGGAAAGGACGAGUUGUGAUGAACCUCCAGACAGGGCCCUUUAGGCGCCAGCUUGGCCCCGCUAUCGUGUUUCAGGACUCAAACCCCCUUGACUGCAGCUUGUGGAUUCAGGGCACUGGACCUGAGACUGAAGGCGACUAAUUCACUUAAAGCCCUUGGCAGGAGCAGAGUUUUCCUUGGCCUGCCCAGAGGCCAAGGCGUAGCUGGGGCUGGAGAGGAAACUUUGUUGGAUUUGCUCUGGGCCACACACCUGAGAAGUGCCUGGUGUCGCUAGUCACAUCCUGCCUCCCCCAUCUUCCGCAGCGAGGACAUGGCUAACCCAAGGUGAGACUGUGUGAGAUAUACACGUUCUGGGGGGGAUCAAAGUUCUGGGCUGCUGGGAGGACUUCCGGUGCCUGGAGUUAAGGGGAUGCUAGUCAGGGUUGGAGCUGCAGCCAGUGAACUUCCAAAGGACACAUUGGUUCGAACACACUACACGUCACGGAUGUUUAAGUACUUUCCAAUGACAACCAGGGAAUAAAGGUUUCUUUUCUAA